UGUCGAGGACAAAAGCAAUAAAAUUCGAGAUAUCAGGAUGAAUCAAUUGGUGAUCGUGCUAUUAGCCGUUGUCUCCUCGGCUGUGGCCCUUCCUUUGAUUCCGCAAACCACCCCGGUCCCCAUUCUGAGGCAGAGCGCAGAGGGUCCUAACCCCGACGGCAGUUACAGCUACAGCUACGAAACGGCGAACGGUAUCGCGGUGCAGGAGGUCGGUUACCUUAAUUACCCAGGCUCCGAAGCAGAGGCUCGCGAGGCUCAUGGCACUUACACCUACACUGCACCGAACGGCGAGGUCGUCCAAGUGACCUACGUGGCUAACGAGAACGGAUUCCAACCCCAGGGUAGUCACAUCCCGACCGUCCCACCCCAGAUUCUCAAGGCACUCGAGUACAUCGCUGCUCAUCCCGAGGAGAACAACAUCGGUGCUCAGUGA